UUGUUCAGUAUGUUCAUUUCCUUCAUAUCGCUUACAUGGAAAUACACAAUCACGCGCACAUCUCUCUUGUAGCAAGUAGGAUAUUAAAUAUUUUAAAUAAAACCAACCAAGUUCCAAGUAUUCCAAUUUUAUCAGCAUUUUUGUUUUGUUUAGUUCAAAUACGUAUUUUGUCAAAAUAACGAGAAAAUUACCAAAAAUAAAUUAUACAAAAGUAUUGAAACAAAGAGUGUGAGAAAAAAAAACAGUUUUCCAUUUUUCUAUGUUUGCGCACACAGUGUCGAGCUUCGGAGAAAAUUAAACGAAGUUUUGUUUUUCUCUACCACGAUUCGCAGGCAGAUAAUCAAUGUAGCCAAAAAGCUAAAUACCAAAUAACAUACCCUUUUUUUGCAAACAAACCGUGCAAUAAUAAACAGUGAUCUUGUUAAGCCAACGGGUGUCACUUCAUCAUGGAAGGGCAUCGAUGAGAAAAGAAAAAUUGAUUUUUUGUGUCUUAUAAAAAAAAAGAACCGAAUUUAACUCAACAACAAAAGAAACCAAUUGAAUUGGAAUUAUUUUGAAUGCUUUUGGUUAUUAUUUUGUGCGAAAAAAAAAUUCGAUGUGAAAACCAUAUUGUUAUGUGUGCAGACAUAAAUCGCAUUUAAUUCAUGAACGAAACCAUUGUGAACAGUGAAUUUCCAGUACGAGCUUUCAAUCAACGUGUUCUUCAAAUUUGACCAUAAUCGCAUUAUUCGUGUGAGCAAAAUGCAUGCAGUGGCAGGAAUUCAUUCGGCUAUGGCCAUCAAACGGCAACGACAUCGACGAGAAAUGGCGGCACGAGAACGUGAACGACGCUUGAGUACACAUAGUUCCGAAAGUGGUGAUACCCAUCAUUCAUUUCAUGGUUCAACGCGUCGAAAACAUCGUCCCAAUGCCAGCGGAACACAUGGCAGCACAAUGCUUGAUACAAAAGUCGUAACAAGCAUUGGAAUGCUACACAUUGGUGUUGUAUUCUUAGUAUUUGGUAUAUUUUUGCUGGGCGCUGGACUGUUACCAAAUGAUGUGAGCGGUGUGGGGGCUCCUGGCAAACCAAUGAUAUGGUGGAACGAAUUAGUGGCGACUGGAUUAUUCGCGGUGAUUUUAGGAAUCUUUUUGAUAGUGCUAAAUUGUUUGAUAAGCAAACGCGAAGAAGAUGACUUAGAGGAAUAUGUACAACGACAAUUGACCCGAUCAAGAAGCGGCCAUAGAUUGGAACGUGAUCUUGAAACGGGCGGUUUAACAACACGACACAAUCGACGCAUGAAACAAACACUCACAACGGCCGACGAACUAUCACAUUCCAAAUCAAAUAUAACACCCAUUACUAGUGAAGUAGCUACCCCGACUACACCAAACGAAAACGGGACGACUGGCGAGAUGCUGCUUGAAAAAAUCCUCGAAGAAGAUAGCAACUUUGAUGAUCGACAACAACGUGAAUAUCUGACACAUGAACAUGAACACGAUAAAAAACAUUUGCUGGGCAAUGGACAUACGGUUACUGUGCAUGUAACACGUAUCUAAGCAAACAAAAUUACGAAUUCAUGAAUUUUCAAGAAAAUCGUACACAACAUUCAUACACAUAAUAUAGCCGACGAAAAAUGGAUGAAAAUGAAAGUGGAGGAAAGUAAGUUAAAAUAAUAUCCAUGGUUUCCAACUCUCUCUCGCACACACAUAUUAUUAUUACUAUUAUUAUUAUCCGCAUUUUCGGUUUCUACCGCUGAAAGUGUAUUAGUUAAGGUUAGUUUGAGCUUAUAGCAUUUAUCAUAAUAACAUACAACGGCGAGAAAAGUUUCAUUACAUUUAAAAGCUCAUUGAUUAGGCAAUGAUGCGGUUAGGUAAAAAUUUCCGGCAUCGCUUUUGCUUUGUGUCAAUAUUAAUUUGCAAAAUCAUAAGCAUCGACAUGAUACUUAACUCAAUGAAUUCAAUUUUGUAUGUUGUGAAAUGGAUGUCAUUAGAUAUUAAAUGUAACACACAAUCGAAACAUAAUGAUAGGUAAUUUGGAUGCUAUCAUUUUUUUUCGAAGCUCCACCCACAUUUUGACCGCAAUGUAAUCGAUCGUCAGCUCCAAUUUGGUUCACACUUUUGUGUGAGAUAGAUAUAGAGUCUAUCUAUCUGAUGAAAAAAAAAACAUAUAACAUAGUGAAAAAUAAAUGGAUGCAAAAAACAUCAAGCACACAUACAGUGUGGAAAUGAUGUAUGUCAUUUUGAAUAGGUAAUAAAUCACCAUAGACAAAAUAGAAAAUUUCAUCCCUGGCGUCGCUAGCCUCUUUCAUUCGAUUUCUAGUUUUGUAUAUGGUUACAGCACAAAUUUGGCAAGAAAAAAAAAACAUUUACUCAACUUAUUUUAAGUAUGUUAAUAUCAUCAUGGCAAUUUAUAUUGCUGGAAAACUCUAAAUUAAUUUUUAAAUAUAGAAAAUUCUAUUAUAUCAUUUCCUUGAGCUUCAUCGCAAGGACUAGUCGAAUUCAUACCCAAUUAGAUUGAACUCGAACCAAUUUACUGAAAAUCAAGGUGUAAACGUAUCGAGCUAAUAUUGAUAGCACAAAACCACGACCCUCGCUCAUGUUUCGUAUAUAUCUGCUCCGGCGAAUUUGCAUUUUAGCUAACUUGAUUGGCAAAAACUUUAGUCAAAGUAUAUAAAUUAUUGAUUUGAUUUGGAAUUUUAUUAAAAGAAUUUUAGAAACUUUUCGACUAAAAAGUACUUAGACGAAAAUUGUGCGCAUUAUAAAUGUAAUUACGUUCGAUUCGGGAGAGAAAAUAUGAACCGUAUUUUUUUCAAUUGAAACCUGUACGAUGUGAACUCUGUAGUGUCUUUCCAGUAAAUCGGUGGAUCCAUAACAAAAAAAAAGAACCGCUCAUUCCUUAUGUAUCGUACACUUUUACGCGCUGUUCUGCUCUAAUAAUAAGUGCUAAAAAAUUAACAUACAUACGUUUCAUAUAACACGAUAAAAGCCUGUAUGUGAACGUGCUUAUUUAACAAAUUUAUAACUAAAUGCCUACUUACUACAUAAAUCAACAUAAUAUUUAAAUGGAAAAUCAUAUAUUCGUAAUAAGCCUGUAUGUAUUGUAAAAUUCUUUGAGCCUUAAAUUAUUUCGGUUUUUCUUUUCAAAUUAAUGAGUAAGGAUUUAAAACAUAUAAAUAUAUAUCUAACUAAAUUACAUGGUUCCAGAUAUACUUUGUGCCAGUAACUAACAAAUAACUAUGAUUAUGAUAUGAAUGAACGUUGUUUGCAACAUAUUAUGAAUUUUUCAAAAUCAAUAAUUGCACGUUACCUUUGCUCCGUACAAACUAAAUACACAAAAAAAUAUAUAUUAUAUUCAUUGGUCUUUUGCCAAGGGCCAAUUUCUCUACUAUUUCUCUAUCUUGUUCGUCCUAUAACGCACUUACAAUAUCAGCCGUCAAGGAAUCCUGUAAAGAAGCAACAGCUUUCGUAAUCAAAUCAAGUGGAAUGAUCUGUAAGGACAUAUUUUGUGACUUAUGACAGACGCAUUAAAACACCGUUGCUAGACUCUAUUUAUACGUGGACACAAGAAAAAACACGAUUUGUAACAUAAGGGUGAACAAGUUUGGCAUAUUUUCCUUGAACGUGUCACAUAUAUUUUUCUUUUGGCGACACAGUUGAAGUGAUGGUUAUUUGCCAUCAAUUUCCGAAUCCAUUUUGUUGGCGAAACACAUGAAAAAAAAUCUUUUAAAUCGCUCAACUCUUCAGUGCAAUCGAUAAAGCUGCUUCAGGAAAAUAAGUAGUAAUUUUCGUCCAAAAAUUGACGAUAAAACAACCUUAAAUAAAUUGGAAAUUGAAAACGAGAUUAAAUCUCAAUUUAGAUGUUUCGUUAUGUUAUAACAUAAUAUUGCAUUCGAAUUGUAGCGCAUGGGAAUAUCCAAAUUGAAUUCAAAAAUGAAUCGAAAAACCCAUAUGCAUCACUGAAUUUUUUUUUUUGGUUGAAUUGCAAAGUUACAAUGCAAUUUUCCAAUGGUAUUAAAACUCGUAAUGAAAUUAUAAAGUUUAUUUUAUGAGCAUAAACGGAUUCGCAUAUGGUUGGAAAAUGUGUAUUGAAUUCAUAUUUCAUGAUAAUUUGUGUUCACCAGAUUUUAUAGCAAAAAUUUGUGAUUUGCAAUCAAUCCUGCAUUCUUUUUUAUGUAAAUUAACAUAAUGAUAACGAUUUUAAUCCAUCUUCUUAAUGCCAAGGAAAAUAAAUAGAGCAUAGAUUUUAUUUAUUCUAACUGAAAAUAUCAUUCAACCACACACACCAACACAACAUACAAUCAUACACAUCAAUAUCAAUAUAAGUAAGGAAAGUUUUUUGACCAGUUCUGCGAAUAUACAUACACAGAUACACAAUUUGAAAUGUUUUCAAAUCAAAUUUUAACAUAUUUAGGAUGAAAUUGAUGAAAACAACAACAUAACAAAUCUAUUUCAUAAGAAUACAUUAGAAUCUAUUUUUUACUUAAGCGACUUAUGACAUUUUAAAUGCACAUCCUCUUAACUUUUCGGUUAGCCAAACGCAUUUCAUUGUACAUUAGAUUUAAAUAACUAAAAAUAUUCUAAUUAGGAAUUUGUUUUAUAUAUAUUGUAAACACAAAAUCCAAAAUAUUGUGCUAAAUUGAAACGACUAGUGAUUAAACAUAAUUUUUGUUUUUUAUGUAUAUUUUCACGGGACUAUACUAUGUUUCCGCCUUUUUUUCUUUCUCUCUCUUUCUCUAUAUCUAUUUAAUCGCUGCACUACAGCGUGUUGACGACUAUUUUCUUUUUUUUAUUUCAUUUGUAGUUAGUGCUCUGAAACAUUGAUUUUAACGAUUUAAACACACGAUGUUAAGAGAAUAUAAGGUGCAAAAUGCAAUUUAUUAAUGAAAAUGCAUUUCAAAAGUUAAAGAGAAUGAUUUCGCGCUUGCAUUCACUUGCGCAAUUAAAAAUGUGAAAUAAAUGUCAACAUGAGGAUGUGCACAUGAAAUUUUCGUUUAAUGCGAACACGAAAUCAUCGAAUAACGCAAUAAAUUUGGUGCAGAAUAAUGCAUUCAACUCUGAAUAAUUCCGUUGACACCUUUUACCUUUGUAAAACGCGCAUUUGAAUUUAAAUGUCACGGAUAUUGUCGGAUAACUGCCCUAAUGCAAAAGAAUGUGAAGAACGUUCAUAGAUUUGAACAAAAAUUCAAUUCGCACCAAAUGCGUUGUACCAAAACUGGAAUGCUGUAGAAACUAACCAGUGUAAAUGUGUUGUGAGCUACCUUGAAAACAUUCGAAUGAACACACAGCUACACACUUUUUUCCUCACUCAUUCAACUCUCUUGCGCUUUGAUUUCAUCUGGCAGCAAAGCGCCAGAGUGAAUGCUCACCACAUUUCACUGAUUCGUUUUGAUAACUGAACCAAAAUGAAAUAAAAAUAAAAAACAACAACAAAUCUAGUGAAAUCUUCAUGC